CAGAGGAGUGAAGGAUUGUCAGCGGCGAGCUGCGAUCCUUUUUUUUGCAAACAUGACUGUUUCCCAGUGCGUUUCUCAUCUUUGGCUUCCUCGUACUUCGUGCAUACAUACGAACAGUGUGCCCCGCGGCUUGAUAAGCGUAUCUCCGAUCCUCGCCGGGCGUGUUUUCUCUUUUUGCGCUGACAUCAUCCAUGCAUUGCGUCCGGGGAAGUCACGGCUGCUGCCUCCCCAAGGGGUGUUGUUGGGUGUUGGCCCCCAACUCCCUGUAACUAUUCGUACCCCUGUGGUUCAUCUCCGGAGAAAGGAAGACUUACAAGUAAAGAGGGGGCAGCGGAAACACCCCAGACACCUUUACCUGACUUACCCUUACCCCAUUGGGACAACCGCGAGGCGACGCGAAGAAAACGCGGUGUUCCGUGUUCGUCGUUUUGAACAAGGGAGGGAUUGUGUUUUGUCAAGCAGUUGUCACUUGUGUCGUCGAGACCCGCCGGUUCGGGAAGACAGGGGGCAGCAUGAAACACGCACAGACCGGGGGCGGAGAUGUUGCCGCGGGAAGGACGGACGGACAUUGCAGAUUGCCGCGGGGGAGUUGGCUAAGCCUCGAUGGGAUUCGGACUUCGAGAUGGGAACUUUGCGAUCAACCAACGGGGGGUGGGGACGGCGUUGGUCCCGGUGCCGGCUACGGGCUUGGGAGUUGGGAGUUGAGAGAUGAGACCGGCGGCCGGGGAUGGGCUGAUGGAUGGAUGAGUGAGUUGCCUGCAUGUGUCAACAUGGUAAUUCGUUAUGUAUCUUUGUUGUCUGAGCAUAUGUUUCCUUUUGUGGAAAGACUGGCUUCCUUCAGCGGCUUGAGAGGUGAUCCAUCCAUCGUGAUAUGUCAGUUGCUCCUUGUGCCCUUCCUCUAUCACAAGCUUCCUUCUGCUGACGAACCUCAAAGUCAAGACGAGACUACUCUGUCUUUCCCAUUGGAUAGUUACCAGUGAUCGAAUCCAUCAAUCGCAUCUUGGGGUGUAUUGGCAUUGGCAAAAUCCAGAAUCCUACCAAGUACGCCAGUGAUGAUUGGGUGUCUAGCAGGGGUGCUUGCAGCCAGGCAGCAGAAUUCUUUCUGAGCUUAAAUCCUACCUCAUCUUCCAAC